UAAACUUAUGUUUUUGUAGACGUGUUUAAGCUAUGUAGCACUUUCAGCGAAUAUUUGGCUGAGAUCCUUGGUUACUUAUUCCUCGCUGUUUUCUUGUUUAAGUACUUGUGUGUUUUGAGUACUCCCACUUACUGCCAAAACUUGGUUGCGUCAGUUACUAAAGGUUAUAGCACUACUAUCACCAAUAAUGGAGACCAAAGUAAGGAAACGUAACCUGGAUUCCACAUCAAGCGCUACAGUAACAGAUGAUAAGCAAAAUGUUGUAAAACUAAAACAAGAGGUGGGAGUCCUUGGUGGAAUUUCUCUUGUGGUUGGGACGAUGAUUGGAUCUGGUAUUUUCAUGUCACCUGCCAGUAUAUUGAUUCACGCUCAUUCCGUUGGUGCUAGUCUUUGUAUAUGGGCCGCUUGUGGGGUUCUCGCAACGUUCGGAGCUAUGAGUUACAUUGAGCUCGGAUUGAUGAUUAAGAAAUCUGGAGGAGAAUAUCAAUAUUUGAAGGCAGCGUAUGGAGAAGUUGCUGCGUUUCUAUUUGCGUGGACAAGCAUAAUUGUUACAAAGCCAUCUUCGUUUGCAAUUAUAGCAAUUGGGUUCGCUCAGUACGUUACUGCACCUUUCUAUCCUGGCUGUACACCACCCGCUACCAUACAAAAAUGCGCAGCAGCAUUUUGCAUACUGAUCAUCAGCUUGAUAAACUGCUUCAGCGUUAAGCUCAGCAACUUUGUUCAAAUUUUCUUCACUGCUGCAAAGUUGCUCAUCAUAGCAUCCAUUAUUAUUGGUGGGUUCGUCAUGCUUGGUCAAGGUCACACUGAAAAUUUGACCAAUGGUUUCGAGGGUUCUGCUAAAUCCUUUUCAGCCAUAGCGGUGGCAUUUUAUAGCGGACUUUGGUCUUACGACGGCUGGAACCAAUUGAACUUUGUCACGGAAGAGUUACAGAACCCAGUCAGAAAUUUUCCAUUAACGAUCAUGAUUGGAAUACCGAUGGUCACAGUACUUUACAUUCUUGUCAACAUCGCGUACUUCACUGUGAUGACGCCAAGCGAAAUUAUUUCAUCAAGUGCUGUAGCAAUAACCUUUGGUGAUCGAGUAUUUGGACCAGCAAGUUUUAUUGUACCAGUGGCAGUUGCGUGUUCGACCUUCGGUGCAGCAAACGGAAGCGCAUUUACUGCUGGCAGGUUGACAUACGCUGCAGGACGGAAUGGUCACAUGCUCAAAUUAUUCUCGUACAUAAGCGUGACCAAACUAACUCCAUCACCAGCUUUAAUAUUUAACUCUUUCAUUGCCCUGUUGAUGAUCAUACCAGAUGCUUCCAAUUUUUCCACAUUAAUCGACUACUUCACUUUUGCAUCAUGGAUCUUCUACGGAGCUACUUUUCUAUCUGUCAUCGUACUUCGAUUUCGUAAACCGGAAUGGAAGCGUCCAUACAGGGUGUUCAUUGCCAUUCCUGCAAUCUGUUUUAUUACGUCAUGUUAUUUAAUCGUGGCUCCAAUCAUCGACAGUCCACAACUCGCAUACCUCUACGCGGCAAUCUUUAUCAUUGCUGGGUUGGUCUUCUACUUUCCGCUGAUAUACUUCAAAAAAGUCCCACCGUUUAUGGAACCAUUGACAAGUUUUCUUCAACAAGUUCUUGAAGUAGUCCCUCCUCCUGAUAUGGAAGAUGAUGACGAUGGUGAUAAAGAUCAGAAGAUCGAGGAAGAAGCGAAGUUUUAAAGUUUUUUUGGUUUAUUAUUCUGGCCUGUCCUAAAACACCAACAAUACAUAUGGUUGCUGGAACUACAGACUGUAUGUUGCCAGAAUAUCUUUUACAUGUUUAUUUUUCUGGCAAUAAUUAUAAAGCAGCUAUAUUAUAAAUGGGGUGACAUUUUAAAUUCUCACCGGGAAUGGAAAUUGUAAAAGAAAUAAUCCACCCAGUCAAUUGUUGUAUACUUUCUACUCAUAUCCAAGUAUAUCGAGGUACAUGCGUGCAAAACAUGUAUUGUAUAUCACUAUCUAGGUGAUAAAGAAUAUUACAUAUAUAUUUGUAUAAACUUCUGUACAUUUUUAGUUUUUGGCUAUUUUAAUUGGAUUGUAUUUCUUGUAUGCUUCGUAACAUUUGCUGUGUGCUAUGUGAUUUCUAUGGGCGACAUGAAAUAACUCAUGUUUAUAUACGGACUCUGAUGUAAAUAAUUCGAUAAAUGUCUUACAAAAAAUCAUACUAAUUACAUAUUAAUCAAAUUAUUACAAAGUCGAUUGUCAAUUAAAACAAUGCAUGCUAGGCGACGAUUUAGUACAAUGGGGAAAGACGGGACAUCGGGGACCAUAAUAUCUAAACAUUCUGAUCGUGUUUUAAACAAUUACCAACGAUCUAUGGGAGUCGUGAGAAUACGAUUUAUUAAUUCUUUGAUUUUUCUUUGUUUACUGCCAAUUGGGACGAGAAAGUAGAAUGAAAAGGUGUCGGGCCUUCCCCUAUAUUCUACUAUACUAAACCAACAAUAAAUCGGUGAAGACGUG